GUACUGUUAUAUGCUAAACUUAACAAACUAACAAACAACACAUUUUUCAGUUCAGCGUCAAGUUGGAGCAACAACCAGUCAAAUUAGACAAGUAGCUAUAGGUUCAGUUCAAUCAACAUCAGCAACCACAUUUAAACAAGAAGAAGAGGUUGUUACCGUGGCAGAAGUACCAGUAGAUGUCACCGUGGCAGAAGUACCGGUAGGUGUCACCAAGACGGAAGCACCAGUAGAUGUCACUGUGACAGAAGAACUCGUGGCCUCCCCUUUAAAGUCACAAGAAACAACUUCUCCAGAUAAAACUCAAAGUGCUGGUGGAUUCCUUUCCAUGUGGAAAAAUAUAACAGAAGAUUUAAAAGAAGGAGACAUGGAAUCAAUCUCAAAACGAAGCGAUCGUUGUUACGGGGUUCCAAUAUUAAACCAACUUGUCACUGAAAAUGAAAUUGAGGAUUUUGCGCGGCGUGGAGAGCUUUUUGCUGUUGAUCAUAGAAUAAAAGGACCCACCACUGGUACAGGAAAAUUUUGGUUGGUCAAUAACAUUGUGAAACCUGUGGAAAAAGUGCAAUCGUUGGAGGGUCACAAUGCUCCUGUUAUGACGAUCAUGUGUCAUGGGAAGAGGAUAUUUAGUGGAGGAAUGGAUCAGAAAAUCCGGAUGUGGGCACUCACGGGCGAGAGCUUUGGAAAGAUUAAUAAGCCUUUAAAAGGUAGUGUGAUGUCAAUGGCAAUGGGCGAGGAUGAAAAAUGUCGGACUCUAUACAUUGGCUCGUGGGAUAUGAACGUUACAAUAUGGGAUUGCGUAACUUGUGAGCUUCGAAAGGCUUUGGUCGGACACACAGGGACAGUUACUGCCGUUGCCGUUGAUAAUACAUACAUAAUAUCCUGUUCCCACGAUACCACUAUACGUGUAUGGGAUAUCCGUAACUACGAGUGCUUGCGCGUGCUUCGUCACCAUAACGGGGCUGUACAGUGCAUGUCUUACCACGAUAAAGUGAUCAUCACGGGUGGCACGGAUAGGUUAAUACAUAUGAGUAACCCUGACGAUGGUGAAUUGCUGAAGACCCUCAGUGGCCAUAUGUCUCCAGUUACUGCAGUUGUGCGGCAGCACAAACUAAUAGUGAGCGCUGACCGAGACGGAAUGAUUAUGCUCUGGUCGGCAGAGGGCGGUAGUGAGCCUGUGGAAAGCAUCCAGGCGCAUGAGAAGCAAAUAAACGACCUUGCAAUUUCUGGUGGACGAUUUUUUACAGCAUCGAGCGACAUGUUGAUUAAAGAGUGGGAGUUAGUUACUUUGAGGUGUGUGCGCGUUCUACAAGGCCAUGUGAAUGAGGUUACGGGAGUUCGGUGCACAGCGAGGUAUUUGGUGACUUGCAGCAAGGAUAGCAGUGUCCGCUUGUGGUGGUGGGGGAGUGAAGACGAGCUGGUGGAACAGCGGCGGCGUUGAAUGAGAUUUGACCAAAUCCUUGUUUGGUUAUAACACUGUGAUUUUAUUUGAUUUCAAUUUACCUAAAUGGCUUUUUGAUAUUUUGCCUCAGUAUUAUAUAUUAGGUUAGAAUACGAUGACACUUGUUUUCGCUCUUAUGUCUUUUUCCAUUUGGUGGUAAGCAAAGAAAACAGAACAGUAGUCCCGCGACUUAUCGUGGUUAAUUGGUCAAAAAUCGUUGAUAAUUGGUCAAAACGCGAUAAAGGAUUUCGGUGAUUA